AUGGCAAAGACCAAAGCACAGAAGAUUCGCGCCACUAUCGACUACUUCGAGCAGACAUACGGCUCCACUCCUACUCUGGCAACAUGGCAAGCAUUCUGCCGCGACGUUGGCGUCAACGAGGGUAAUUCCAUCACGCAGUGCAAGAAGAUACUGAAAUCCGUCAAUGUCAACAUUGUAGACUUUGUUUCUGCGAGAAAGAGUGGUCAAGCGGUUACUCACUUUGCUUCGAGGGGCGCGUUGGCGAGGUAUAUUCAGGCUUAUCCGAAAAAGAGAUUUCCGUUGAAGAGGGCGAAGGAGGAUUCUUUCUUGAAGAUGUUGUUGAUACACUUGUUUUGA